GCUCGGUGCACAGAGCACCAAGAAACCAUUUCUCUCGCCGCAGUCUCUUAUUCCUGUAUCCUUUCAGGAGAACGAGAGCGUCCUGCGUGCAAUAGAAACGAAGCAACUACUCCGCUCCACUGCGGUAGACGAGAGUUUUUGCUGGUUGACUCGACGCUCGCUCCCCGAACCGCCACUUGCUUUUGUUGCGACCUUCGGGCCAGACUGCACUAGCCAUGGCGUCCGUCGCUCAACGAGCAGCCAUUGCUGCCAGCUCAGUCUCUCAAAUUGCCUCGUCAGCACGCAAUGCCUCGUCCAGGCCUACCUCGACCUGCCACGUGGCGUCCCCUCGUCUCCACCUCGGAUCAGAUCUCCUGUCCAAAUCCGCCUCUCCCGCCUUCACUGGCGUUAGAAUCACACUCUCUAAAAGCCAAUCCGCCCGCACUUCCCGCACCGCAUCUCGCGCCGUGGUCGUCGCGGCUGCGGGCUCGGCGAAACUCCCUUCGCUGAACGAGCUGCCGUUACUGAGUUACAUCAACCAGCAGGGCCGCAUAGUCCCCCCCGUCGAGCCGGGAACCACGGCCUCCGUGUUCGCUGUACUCGAUAAGAACAAGAAGGUGCAGUAUAUCGGGUUCUCCAAGGACGUGCGGAACUCGCUGCGCACGCUCAUGGGGAGGCGGCCCGAGCUGUGCUACUACUACAAGCUCUACAACCUAUCCACCAUGGACCAGCAGCAGAUGAUCGACAUUCGCUCACAUUGGUUCUCGGAGAUGGGACUUCCGCCCGUGGGCAACACGGACGCAGUGCAGAGGGGGUACUGGGAGCGACCGGCGGACGCGGGGUCGAUCUCGGAGAGAGGGAAGAUUGCGGCGGCGCAGUCCAAGGCGAAGACGCUGCUGCAGAUGAUGGUGGACCGCGGGCUCAAGGAGGAGAUGGAGUACGACCCGAAGCUCAUCGAAGAGGGCAAGUGCGACGUGCUGCCGUCCAAGUCUCAGUCGGCUGAGGAGCUGGCAGCAGCAGCAGCUGAGCAAGAGGCAGCAGCAGCGCUAGUGAAGCACAUCACCGAGACAGCGCCCUCAGGCGAGGUGAUCGAGUUCGACCUGACGCUGGACGCCAAGAUCAAGACGAACGGCGGGUGGAUGUACGACAUUUAUGUCACCAAGGAUGACAAGGAGACGCGGCACCGCAUUGUGCUGGGCCACGUGUAUGCUGAUGCUGUUAACAUGCCAGAGGAUGACGUCAUCGCAAGGAUCAUUGCCUUCCUGCUGUUCAAGAAGAUCCCCCGGCAGACUGAGGGCGUGAUGACGAGCGACCAGUUCCCCGUCAACUACUUUGCCGUCUCAGAGGUGGCUCAGAAGUUUGAGGACCUCGGGGCGUGGUUCCCCGGGGGCGACCUGCCCGACAACUACUGGCGCUUCAACCGCAUCCACGAGUACGGGAAUGUUACCGCGCCUGUGUCGACGCAGGAGCCCCCCCAGCUGUACUCGCCAAAGUACUGAUUUGAUCAAGGGGAUAGGAACGUGGAAUCGUGUACUUGGGUGUGGGGGGUCAGAAAGAGUCGAGGCCCGAGGGGGCUGGCAUCAUUUGGCAGACUUAGCUCAGUAGAAAUGUACCAUCGAGAUCUUUUCUCUUUUUUUCUUAUACUUCUAUGAUAUCAACUCAUUACAGAAAGUUAUCUCUCAAUAUAUGUACG